CGAGAAUGAUUGAGAAAACGAAUCCGAUUUCGCCUCGAACAGUGUCUGCUCCGGUGGUUUUAAGAGGGGAGAUCGGCGCUCUGGUUUUCGCUUGCGCACAUACUGAUUCGAUCCCGAGUUUCCCUUAUCUGGAGUUUGCGAGGCGACCCGCUCCUGCUCAGAGCGCGCGCAUAUUGCCGAUCAUGGCUGCGCGCAGAGUGCCGUACGCACAGGGGCAGGGCCACCAGCUGCAGCAAGAUUUCGAUUUCUUCUUGGUAGUGGACUUCGAGGCGACGUGCGAGAAAGACGCGCGGAUCUACCCGCAGGAGAUCAUCGAGUUCCCCGCCGUCCUCGUCGACGGCGCCACCGGCCACCUCGCGUCCGCUUUUCGCUGCUACAUCCGCCCGAAACACCAUCCUGCGCUGACCAAGUUCUGCAGGGACCUCACCGGCAUCCGGCAGGAGGACGUCGAUGGCGGCGUGGAUCUCGGCCAGGCGCUCCGGCUGCACGACGCUUGGCUGAAGGCGGCGACGACGACGGGGGCAGGGACCAAGAGAUGCGAUGGCCGCUUGGCCGUCGUUACGUGGGGAGACUGGGAUUGCCGCACCAUGCUCGAGUUUGAGUGCCGCUUCAAGGGCAUCGAGAAGCCCUCCUACUUCGAUCGCUGGAUCAACCUGAGGGUCCCCUUCCAGGCGGCGCUCGGCAGCGGAGGGCGGGUCAACCUGCAGGAGGCGGUCCGGGUGGCGGGGCUGGACUGGGAGGGCCGCCUGCACUGCGGACUUGACGAUGCGCGCAACACGGCGCGCCUUCUUGCUGAUCUCAUGCUACGCGGGGUCAAGAUGAGCAUUACCGACUCGCUGGCGCUGCCACCACCGAUCCAGCGGCAGCCGCCUCACACAAUCCGUUGCGACGGCUCCUCAGCGCUGCCACGGCCGCCCAUCCGGCAGCAGCAGCAGCAGCUGCUUUAGCCUCCGAGAUACGUUAUAAAAACAGAAACUUUUGCUGUAAUAUUUGAAUUAUAAGAUUUUUACUUUAAUGUGUAAAUUAUCUGUAAUUUUUAUGCUGUAAUUUCAUAUAAAUUCUU